CCCGGCUGGGAGCAAUAUCUAAGGCUGCGUUCUCAGCCAGGUGCGAGCACGUGGACGCCUAGGCGCUGAGACCCGUGUUCCCGGGCGGUCCGUUUACCCUCCUCCCUUCGCCUCGCACCUUCGCCCGCCUCCGGGCAACCUCAGCCCCGGCCAACGUUAGGCGCCGCCGCCGCCCCUGCUCGCGGCCUGUGGCUCUGGGCUCCGGCGAUCCGGCCGCGGAGUUUUGCCGGCGUCCUCCGGGCGGGCCCGGGAGGCGGCGCGGCCUUGGGAGGCGGGGACCCGGCGGGCCGCAGGCGCUCGGCUUCCGGAAGCCAGUGGUUCUCCGGCUCCCGUUGCGCGGACCGGCGCGGCGGCCUGAAGUCCAGCAUCCCGGCCAACACCUCCCGGAGCAGCGGGCGGCACCAACGCUUCAGCGGCUGGAUCCCAAACCGCGCUCGCCCCGGCCGGCAAGAUGCAACCGGUGUACCCGGAGGUGAAGCCCAACCCGCUGCGGAACGCGAACCUCUGCUCGCGCAUAUUCUUCUGGUGGCUAAACCCCUUGUUUAAAAUUGGUCACAAACGGAGAUUAGAAGAAGAUGACAUGUACUCAGUGCUUCCAGAAGAUCGCUCCCAGCACCUUGGAGAAGAGCUGCAAGGGUACUGGGAUCAAGAGGUUUUGAGAGCCGAGAAAGAUGCACGGGAGCCUUCUUUAACAAAAGCAAUCAUAAAGUGUUACUGGAAAUCCUAUGUAGUUUUGGGAAUUUUUACAUUUCUUGAGGAAAGUACCAGAGUAGUUCAGCCCAUAAUUUUGGGGAAAAUUAUUGGUUAUUUUGAAAACUACGAUCCCUCUGAUUCUGCUGCUUUGUAUGAAGCCCACGGCUAUGCCGGGGUGCUGAGCGCCUGCACACUUGUCUUGGCCAUUCUACACCACUUGUAUUUCUACCACGUCCAGUGUGCGGGGAUGAGGCUGAGAGUAGCCAUGUGCCACAUGAUUUACCGAAAGGCCCUUCGCUUGAGUAACUCGGCCAUGGGAAAGACCACCACAGGCCAGAUAGUCAACCUGUUGUCCAACGAUGUGAACAAGUUUGAUCAGGUAACGAUAUUCUUGCACUUUCUGUGGGCAGGGCCACUGCAGGCUAUCGUAGUGACCGCCCUGCUCUGGAUGGAAAUAGGAAUAUCGUGUCUUGCUGGGAUGGCGGUUCUCAUUAUUCUUCUGCCUUUGCAAAGCUGCAUCGGGAAGUUGUUUUCGUUACUUCGGAGUAAGACCGCAGCCUUCACAGACACCAGGAUCAGAACGAUGAAUGAAGUUAUAAUGGGCAUCAGAAUAAUAAAAAUGUAUGCUUGGGAAAAGUCUUUUGCAGACCUUAUCACCAAUUUGAGAAGGAAGGAAAUUUCCAAGAUUCUGAGAAGUUCCUACCUUAGAGGAAUGAAUUUGGCAUCAUUUUUUGUUGCGAGCAAAAUCAUCGUUUUCAUUACCUUCACCACCUACGUGCUCCUUGGCAACGUGAUCACAGCCAGCCGUGUGUUUGUGGCCGUGUCGCUCUAUGGGGCUGUGCGGUUGACAGUCACCCUCUUCUUCCCUUCGGCCGUCGAGAAGGUGUCAGAGGCAUUCGUCAGCAUCCGAAGAAUCAAGAACUUCCUGUUACUUGAUGAGAUUACACAGCUCCACUCUCAACUGCCAUCAGAUGGUAAAAUGAUCGUGAAUGUGCAAGAUUUCACUGCGUUUUGGGAUAAGGCAUCAGACACCCCAACCCUACAAGGCCUUUCCUUUACUGUCAGACCUGGUGAACUGUUAGCUGUGGUUGGACCUGUGGGAGCAGGAAAGUCGUCACUGUUAAGCGCUGUGCUGGGGGAGCUGCCCCCAAACCAGGGACAGGUCAGCGUGCACGGGAGGAUCGCGUAUGUUUCUCAGCAGCCCUGGGUGUUCUCAGGAACUGUGAGGAGUAACAUUUUAUUUGGGAAGAAAUAUGAAAAGGAACGAUAUGAAAAAGUAAUAAAGGCUUGUGCUUUGAAAAAGGAUUUACAGCUUCUGGAGGAUGGAGAUCUAACUAUGAUAGGAGACCGGGGAACCACACUGAGUGGAGGGCAGAAAGCCCGGGUCAAUCUUGCAAGAGCUGUGUAUCAGGAUGCAGACAUCUACCUCCUAGACGAUCCACUCAGCGCUGUGGACGCAGAAGUCAGCAGGCACUUGUUUGAACUGUGUAUUUGUCAAGCCUUGCACGAGAAGAUCAGAAUCUUAGUGACUCAUCAGUUGCAGUACCUGAAAGCUGCAAGUCAGAUUCUGAUAUUAAAAGAUGGCCAAAUGGUGCAAAAGGGGACUUACACUGAGUUCCUGAAAUCCGGGAUAGAUUUUGGUUCCCUUUUAAAGAAGGAGAAUGAGGAGGCUGAACCAUCUCCGGUUCCAGGAAGUCCCCCCUUGAGGAAUCGCACCUUUUCCGAGUCUUCGGUUUGGUCUCAACAGUCUUCCAGACCCUCCUUGAAAGAGGCCACUCCAGAGGGCCAAGACACCGAAAAUAUACAGGUUACCCUAACUGAGGAGUCCCGUUCGGAAGGAAAAGUUGGUUUUAAGGCUUAUAAGAAUUACUUCACAGCCGGUGCUCACUGGUUUAUCAUCAUUUUCCUCAUUCUAGUAAACCUUGCAACUCAGGUUUCCUACGUCCUGCAGGAUUGGUGGCUUUCAUACUGGGCCAAUCAACAGAGUGCCCUAAAUGUCACUGUUAAUGGACAAGGAAAUGUAACCGAGAAGCUCGAUCUGAACUGGUAUUUAGGAAUUUACUCAGGGUUAACUGCAUCCACUGUCCUGUUUGGCAUCGUCAGAUCUCUCUUGGUAUUCUUUGUCCUUGUUAGUUCUUCACAAACUUUGCACAAUCAAAUGUUCGAGUCCAUUUUGAGAGCUCCGGUAUUGUUCUUCGAUAGAAAUCCAAUAGGAAGAAUUUUAAAUCGUUUCUCCAAAGACAUUGGGCAUAUGGAUGACUUGCUGCCGCUGACAUUUCUUGAUUUCAUCCAGACAUUUCUACAAGUGGUUGGUGUGGUGGGCGUGGCAGUGGCAGUGAUUCCUUGGAUUGCCAUACCCCUGGUUCCCCUUGGCAUUGUUUUCUUUGUUCUCCGGCGAUAUUUCUUAGAAACAUCACGAGAUGUCAAACGCCUAGAAUCUACAACUCGGAGCCCAGUGUUUUCCCACUUAUCGUCUUCUCUCCAGGGACUCUGGACCAUUCGGGCGUACAAAGCCGAACAGAGGUUUCAGGAACUGUUCGACUCACACCAGGACUUGCACUCAGAAGACCCCAUCCCAAUUCAAAGCAGCCUACAUGAUCUCUCUGCUUAUUCAUUCUGCUUAUUUGUGUCCUCAAAUCCAGAGGCUUGGUUCUUGUUUCUGACGACGUCCCGAUGGUUCGCUGUGCGUCUGGAUGCCAUCUGUGCUGUGUUUGUCAUUGUUGUUGCCUUUGGGUCCCUGAUUCUGGCAAAAACUUUGGACGCUGGUCAGGUUGGCCUGGCGCUGUCCUACGCCCUCACGCUCAUGGGGAUGUUCCAGUGGUGCGUCAGGCAAAGUGCUGAAGUUGAAAAUAUGAUGAUUUCAGUAGAAAGGGUGAUCGAGUAUACAGAUCUGGAAAAGGAAGCGCCCUGGGAAUACGAGAAACGCCCGCUGCCGUCCUGGCCCCAUGAAGGCGUGAUCAUCUUUGACAACGUGAACUUCUCAUACAGCCUAGAUGGGCCUCUGGUAUUGAAGCACCUGACAGCACUCAUUAAAUCAAAAGAAAAGGUUGGCAUUGUGGGAAGAACAGGAGCUGGAAAAAGUUCCCUCAUCGCUGCCCUUUUUAGAUUGUCGGAGCCUGAAGGUAAAAUCUGGAUUGAUAAGAUCUUGACAACUGAAAUUGGUCUUCAUGAUUUAAGGAAGAAAAUGUCAAUUAUACCUCAGGAACCUGUUUUAUUCACUGGAACAAUGAGGAUGAAUCUGGAUCCCUUCAAUGAGCAUUCAGAUGAAGAACUGUGGAAUGCCUUAGAAGAGGUGCAACUGAAGGAAGCCAUCGAAGAUCUUCCUGGUAAAAUGGAUACUGAAUUAGCAGAAUCCGGAUCAAACUUUAGUGUUGGACAGAGACAACUGGUGUGCCUUGCCAGGGCUAUCCUCAGGAAAAAUCGGAUAUUGAUUAUUGACGAAGCCACGGCCAAUGUGGAUCCAAGAACUGAUGAGUUAAUACAAAAAAAAAUCCGUGAGAAAUUUGCCCACUGCACGGUGCUAACCAUAGCACACAGAUUGAAUACUAUUAUUGAUAGCGACAAGAUAAUGGUUUUGGAUUCAGGGAGAAUGAAAGAAUAUGGCCAUCCAUAUGAUUUGCUACAAAAUACAAACAGUCUAUUUUAUAAGAUGGUGCAACAACUGGGUGAGGCUGAGGCCGCUGCUCUUACUGAAAGAGCAAAACAGGUGAGCCUGCUGCAGGGAGUUGUAAUUAAAGUUCGUCUCCAUGGUUCACUCCUCAAAUGCUCUGGCACCAGGGGUCUGGUAACAAGCACUCUGUGCCCUUUUCAAUUACAAGCCUCCAGAGACAAAGCUUCAUGACUAGGUCUUAAGAAUACUUUUGAGGUGGAAGACAGGGCUGCUGAGAAUCUACAGCAGAGGUGGGGGAGGGGUCAGGAUGUGCGCACACAAGUGAGAUUUCGGAUUGAACUGGCCACACAUUGGGACUCUGGGUUCAGAUUCUCAGGGAACACAGAAUAGUCUCAUUUUGCAGACCCUUUACAUUCAUUCUGAUUGGUGCUCAGCACAUUUGUGAUGCAAGUGCUGUUGAGGAAUAUCCUGGAAAUUUGAGCAUUGGAAGAGAAAAAAAAUGGAAUGUUGUUUAUCAGUCUAGAAAGAUUUAGCAGGGAAAUGUGUGGAUCACUUCUGUUUUCUAAUCUAUAAGGGAAACUCCUCCAUGGUAUGUCACUUUCUUCCUGAUUCUUCAGUGUUUAGAAUUAGUCCAUUUGCGCCCCCCACCCCGUACCUCCCCACCCCAUGCUUCCUUUUCCUUCUAGAAGAUGAAACUGUCAUCAGGAUAAGUCAGGAUUCACAAUGCCUUCGCACUGUGGACUGAAUUCUCUGUCAUUGUUUUAUCUCAUUCAUCCUCUUGGAAAUGAAGACCAGUACCUGGUCAGGGUCACCAAGCUGGCUAAAGAGUUUGGGGACAACAGAGACUGUGUUCUGAACUUGAAAUCACUUAAAUUGUAUGCAAAUAUAGAGAAGCUGUACUCCGAGGGCUAUAUUUUAUUAUCCCUGAAAUUUCACAUCACGAAACACUUUCAUCCACUAGAGUGUCUCCCAGUUAGAACUUCCUGCUAAGAUCCCAUCAUCCUUCUGGGAUUCCCUGUGUAAUCUCGUCACAAAACAGCCAGGAAUCUCACUUUCUUUCACUUUCUACAGAAAGACAUAAAUACAUAUCCUGUUUCCCAUCCCAGUUGAGUUUUUCUUAACAUCAUUUCUGCAUAUAUACCUGGUCCUCGUAAGAGUACAGGCUGUCAGAUUGUCAACUUUUAAUAUGUAAAAGCAUCAGAAAUCAAUGCACACUUCAGAGCUGUGACACCAAGAGGAUUAGCCUGAGUCAACAAGCUUUUCACUCUAACAGAAUUCAUUCAUUUGAAAACAAAACUCAACAUCUGCAAAAGGGUUCUUCCAAGUCACGUUUUCUUGACUUCGUUGUUGAUAUCUGAAAAUGUUGGUACAGGCGAGCUGAAUCACUGAUUGACCCUUUUAAAUGAUCCAUGAAAGAGUAAAGAAAGUACCUGUUAGCUACAUAAAGAGAGAACCACAGAGUAGGCAACUUAACAGAAACUUAUUUCUCACAGUGCUGGGGCUUAAAGUCUGAGGUCAAGGUGUCGGCAGGGGAGGCUUCCUCUGGGGUCUCUCUCCUUGGUUUGGAGGUGCAGUCUUCUCUCUGUCUCACAUGGCCUUCCCUCUGUGUGCCUGUGUCCUGCUCUCCUCUUCUUAUAAGGACUGCAGUCUGUUAGAUUAGGACCCACCUUUAUGACUUCAUUAUAACUGAAUCACCCCUUUAAAGACCCUGUCUCCGAAUAAAAUGAUAUUCUGGGGGACUGGUGGAUUUAGGACUUCAACAUGUAAAAUUGGAGGGGACCCAGUUCAUCAUGUAACAAAGGAUUAUUGCCUGUCAUUCAUUUUCUUCUGUGAUGAAGCAGACCUGAUUGAGGGUUUGUUUUUUUUUUUUUCUUUCUUUCUUUUUCUCGUUUUGUUUUUUGAAGUUUCUGUGUUCCCAGUAUGUAACAGAAAUUUCACUUUAUCUAUUCAUGUUAUCACCAGAUACAACCCAAAAGUUAUGAAAUGUCAUAUCCUAGAUCUAGGAACCUGGACCAGUCUGAACAGAUGGAGUUGGCACUUAGCAUCCACGUAGCCUUGUGUCCCCCAAGGCCUCUGAGCCUCAGGUCCUCACCUGUGUGUAGAGCAGGGAUUACAGCCCUACCGGCUUCUUCCCUUAUUACAGGGAUCAGCUGAGAGCAGAUGCUUAAGCGCUUUGAAAAUAGAGAGUGUUUUGUAAUAUAAAAGUGGGAUCACUUUUUAAAAGGAUGUAUAUUGAACCCUUACCACCCAACAAUAAGAAAAUGUGCCCACUGUUCUUCUGGGUACCAUCAGAAAAUAAUUAAAUUUUAUCUUUAAUAAUCAGUUUUUAAAGAAAUGAUAUAUCUAAUGCUACAAAAUUCAAAAAUAUUACAUUUUAAAAUCUUAAUGUUUUAAAAUUUUAUUUAUAAAAUUACUUCAUAAAUUAAAAAGUCACUUUACCAUUCCUGUCAUUACAGGGCUCCUCCCCCAGGGUGGAGCCCCAGUACCAUUUUUGACUAUUCUGUUGACUUGUUCUGUGUACCAGUAAGAACUUGUGCAUAUGUUUCCUUCCUGUUUUUAAGCACAAUGAUAGCUGUUCCUUUUUUCAUUAUUACUAUCUAUGUGUAUAGUUAUCUCAUUCUUUUAAUGGCUGAAAAGUAUUUAUGGUUUUUCUUUUUCUUUUUUUGUUUUUUUGCUUUCUCUUUUCUAAACUUAUUUUUAAUUGAAGGAUAAUUGCUUUACAGUAUUGUGUUGGUUUCUCCAAAACAUCAACAUGAAUAAGCCAUAGGUAUGCGCAGAUCUCCUUCCUCUUGAGCCUCCCUCCCCAUCCCACCCCUCUAGGUUGUUUCAGAGCCCCGAUUUUCCAUUCACUACUUUUAUCUUUCCUUUCACUUUGUCAUGUUUCAUAUUUUGUUACUAUUGCAGGUUUCCUUGUACUCAGAUCUCUGUUGUUUACAGGUUGAUUAUCCUACUACAUUUUCUUUCAAUAUAUUAUUUUUUUCAUAAUAUUUGUCUGUUCAGUGAGUAUUUUCUUUCAUCCAUCAUGUGCUUAUCCUGUUCCUUUUCCCUUUUUUUUUUUCUGUUUUACAAACUGUAUUACCUUUUAUUUAUUAUUAUUCCUACUACUCACUUUUUAAUUCUGUUAUUUUAAGACCAUAUAUAUGCUGGAUAGUUGUGGCUAGUGCAUCAUUGCAGACUUAAGGGAAUUCCCUCUGCUUUUAACAUAGAAGUGCUCCCCAUGACCCAGAUUAAGACAGUGAGCAUGUGUGUGCUAGAGAGAAACUGAAAAUACAUACUCAUUUAGCCUGAACUUUUCCCUAACCUAUAGAGCUGGGCAGCUACAAUGCUGAUUGUAUUUCAGAAUCUCUCUUGUCCUAGGACCUCACCUAGGACAUGCUUUAGGCAAAGACAGCGAUUCUCUAUGAUUCCUCAUUGGCGCCUUGGAAUUCACCAGGUGGUUGGAGACCUGCUUUCCCACUGUUUCUCAUAUCUGCUCUCUUUAGGUACCUUCUGUCUGGCUGGCUGCAGCCCAUUGGAUCCAGUUGCAUAAGGCAGUUCAUUCAGAUAUUUUGUCAUUUGUGAUUUCAAAUCAUUCCUGAUUUCAUCAUAUAUUGGGCUUACUUUUUGAUCUCCAGUGUCCUUGCUUCUGAGAGGAUGAGAGAGGAAAUCCAACAUUCUGUUAAAUGAAAAGAAGAAAUCCUCUCUAAUUCUCCAGAUAACUUUGAUAAUACACCUGCCAGGAGGUGUACUAACAUUAGACCUGACUUAAAGAUGAGGAGUUAGAGGGUGGCUGAGGUUAAACUAGGGCCAUGAGGUUCAGUGAGAAUGAAUGGACAGAGUCUUGACUCAUAACUCUACAUUUUUGAACCAUCCAUUGCUGACCUUUAGCCAUGCAUGGGAGAGUUUAUAGCUUUGUUUCCAUGUUGGAGUUGAAAUACUGUUUCAACCUACAUUAGAGGAUGUCUAAUGAACCAAACCCAAGUAGGACAUGAAAAGUCUCAAGAAACCCAACACUCACUGGUCUUAACGUUUUGCUUGCCCUGAAUUUGAACUUUUUUGGCAUUGUGUCUUUUUAAUCUUCAUUAAAACCAUUUUGAUCUGGUAGUAUUUUUCCUCAGAUCAAGAAAUUGAGGCAGAAGGGCCUAAGUAACUUCUCAAAUUCACAGGUUAGAAAGUGUUAAGUCUUUUAAUUACCUUUCUGCCUCCAACACUUUGCAACCCAAUGGACUAUACAGUCCAUGGAAUUCUCCAGGUCAGAAUACUGGAGUGGGUAGCCUUUCUCUUUUCUAGGGGAUCUUCAAAACCCAGGAAUUGAACCAGGAUCUCCUGCAUUGCAGGAGGAUCCUUUACAAACUGAACUAUGAGAGAAGCCCUGGAUUACUGCCUCUUGAGUUACUAUAUUUUUUGAUUCAACUGUGUAUUAACUGCAAGCCUGCCCUACUGUGACGAUAAAAUCAGAAGAUUCACCAAGGGACUCCUAGAUGUUUUGUUUUCAUUGUUCAAACCAGAUGAUGCUGCUACUUUCCGUGGGCUAAGGGGCCAUGUCUUUGAGCGCCAUCGUAAUCACACCCAACAUUUAGCUCACCCUGUUUUCAUCCUGCAGUUUGUAGCCAUCAAUUAGUUCAUAUGAGGUAGGUCGUUGUCUCAUUUCACAAAUCAGGCAGCUGAAGUGGAGAGAGCUUAAGUGAUUUUUCCAGGGUCAGCAGUGGUCCCAGGAGAGAGAGGUGAGACUGGGCUUUUCCAUCCCAGGCUCAGCCCAUCCACAAGGACUCUGCUAACAAGCAUUCAGUCAUCUCAACUCCCUUCAUAACCCACCCUGAAAAGGAUGCCUUCUCUCACUCCUGCUGUCAGGGUAACAGAUGAGAGAAAGAUCAAAUCAAGGAGCUUAUGCACACAGGAAGCUUGUUUUCAUUUAGUUUCAAGUAUUUUAGACCAUUUUGGUUAAAAAUUGCUAAUAAUAAAAUUUUUUAAUAAAAAGUGACAUUGACAAGUGGUAUGGAGCAAGAACCAGUUGAUGGGGUGGUAUAUCAUGCAUUAGAAAUUGAAACUAAUUUCCUUUGAGGGAGUACUGUUUUUAGUUUCACUAACAGUAUUGUACAUAAAUAUAUAACAACUCAAGUAUGGCAAUUUUUUUAAAAAUUGAGGAGGAAGAUGAAAUGCAGUUAGGCCCCCCCAAGACCCUUACUUUUAGAUACUUACAUUAUAAUGGAAAUAGGUUCAGAUUUUACCCAGUGGGGUCCAAGCAUUCUUGGAGAAUUUCUUCUUUUUCUCCUCAAGUGAUAUUUUAAUAUACAGCAUUUCAUAUGCAGUGUGGUUUUGAGAUUAGCAAGUAUGCAGGCAAUAAGAGAAAAAGUACACCUAAUAAGAAAGUAGGUGUCUCAGAGCUUUUCUGUUUCAAAUAUGAAGCCCACUAUCUCUCGUGAUAACUUUGUUGACAGCAUCCACAAAUGGACUUAGAGUGAGGUUUUGUAAGAAUCAUGUGUCUAAGCGACCCAGCAUGUGACACGAGUCAGCCUCAGAGAGAUGGUGCAUUUUCUGUUUUAAAGACUUAAACAAAACUUUUCACAUUCUUCCUUGGAGGAAAAAAAUUACUUUUGAAGCCCUUUUUCACCUAAACACAUUUGGAGAUAAGAGCUCACAAGUCUUGACAUUAUUUCAUUUUGUUAUGUGUACCCGUCAAGGAACCAAGAUACGAUACAGCUACUAAAAAGUGAUGAUUGUGGAACAGAGAAACUUGACAGCAUUUCAUUUCCUUUGUGUUCUGAUUAUACAUUUAUCAGAAAACCUGUAUCUCUUCCAGUUCAGCUAGAAAUUUGGUAGAAUUCAGGAACUCAGAGGCCUGGCAAGGACCUGGCCUAUUAUUUGGUAUCUUCGUUUUAGAGAAGUUGUUUGGUAGAGUCAUUGUUAAAGCUUUUGAUUCUCUUUUCAUUCUUGGGACCCACUAUCCACAGAUCACAUUUCUAUAGGCCCUAUAACUGCUUUGCCGCACAAAUUAAACGCCAGGAUAUUUCAUACAUAUACGGCAGCAUUUCAAUGCUUGUCAAUCAGAGUUUAUAAAAUAUAGGGAUUACAACCUGAUAUUAACAUCCAAAUCGAUUGUGCUCAUUUUAUGUGUGAAAAUGAGAAAGCCUCAUGCAGACGCUAGAUUUCCCAGCCUCUUUGUCACCAUGUUUUUAAUUUAUCUCCAGGCUUUUAGUCAGUAAGAUGAUUUUGCUUAUCAAUUUAAUGUACUGAUAAAGCAUAUCUGUGGAUCAGAAUGAUCAGAACUGUAGUGGAUCUACAGGUUGUUUGGCAUUAAGCCCAGCCCCACUGAGGGUUUUAAUGGGGCUACUUCCUCCACAGAAUAAAUACAUCCCUGGUUUUUAAUAUUGUGUCUCCACUAGUGAUAUGAUUGCUUCAUAGGAAAAGUGGACAGAGAAAUGCACUGCCUUAGGGAGGAGGACUUGAACACUUUUAAACAUGUUUUUAUACCUGCCCUUUUUUUUUUUUUAGGUGUACUUCAAGAGGAAUUAUCCAGAUAUUACUCACAAUGGCCAUGUGGUUAUGAACGCCUCCAGUGGACAGCCCUCAGCCUUAACGAUUUUUGAGACAGCACUGUGAUUCUACCAUGACGUCAAGUCUGUUCCAGAGGCAUUUUUCCAAUAGUUUUGCACUGUGUAAACUACAUUUUACUUAUUUUUAUACCAGCAGCAGAUAUUUACACAUAGAAUAUGUUAGUCUAUUUGGGUUUUUUUCCUGCAACUUCACCCAGUGGUUUCAGGCUCUUAACAAAAUUAUUAUUGUUAUUUAUAUGUUAAUAGUAUUUUUGUCUUAUCUAAAUCAGAGGUACGGGCCACUAAUAAAAACUGUCUACCAGGUUUCGUGCCUUAAAGAGACUCCAGAGCCAAAGCACAUUUUCUAAGGUGUAAGACAAAGUUGUCAUAGAUGUUUUUUACUGUCCCCAAAUUACAUAUUCCUUUCCAGUUAUAUCAGGGAUUCUGUUUACUUGAAGACUCUGUGAAAGUUGCCAUUUUGCCUUACCACUUUCUUUAACAUAAGUAGGAUCCACUAUUCCCACCAAAGACCUCUAGUUAAGCUAGUACAAAAUAGGGAAAACAAAAAAUACACUUUAGUUGAAAUUACAAUAGGAGGCAUUACCUAGGAGAGUCCUUCCUCCCCACCCCCCACGAUAAAUGGUUAAAACACAUGAAGGUCAGUAUUUCAUUAUAUCUUCUAAAAGAGAUGGAAGAGAAAGGAAUGCUUUCAGAAAAUUGCCACUCUAUGGGAAUUUGAUAAUGAUAGACACAUGAGUGAUCAUUGAUCAGCUUCUAGAGUCCAUGGCUCUGACUUGAUAUACCUGUUGCAGUUUUAGAUUCAGCUUGGUGAUAUUUCAAAAAGGCCAUGCUGCUAACUGAAAUUCCUGAGUAUAUAGUGGUGAUUUCAUCUGGAUUUCUCAUGACGAUUGACCCUCUGCUGACAUAAGCCUUUUGGUUUAGCCAUCAUUGAAAUCCUGUCUAAAUAGGAUAGAAAGAUAAAAACAGCAAGUGAGAAAAAUAGAAAGCUGUUGCCUACAUUGACUGUGUUUAUGCCCUGUGUUCUCAGGAUGCAUCAGGAAGGUUCACUUUCAUGAGCCUGCCCAGGUUAGUUUACUUCUGACCACUAAUUGCACUUUGUCUAGAUCUUUCAGAUCAGUAGAUCAACAAACCACAAUACUUCUAGGGCCUGCAGUACUUGAUUUGAGCUGUAGGUCCUUAGCUUUUCUUCAUGGUGGUGGCUAUGGUGUAUUGAGUUCAAGUUACUAAAGUUACUGUCCUGGUUUUAAGUGUACUCUCAUGACCUCUCAAUAAGGCAUAACCACCCUCAAAUUGCAUAUGUUUAUAUAUACGUGCCUUCUGAUAGCUGGUAUUUGGACUCUACCAGAGAGAAACAGAUAUUUCAUAGAAUCAAGCCUUAAAAACUACUUACUCAGCAAACUACCCAAAUACAUUGAGUGUAGUUUGUAUUUAGAAAUAAUAUGGUUAAUGUUUAGUCCAAUAAUUAUGUAGUAGUCAUUGCUCUUAUUUCAGGAGACUGAAAUGACAACAAGGAUAAUAUUGAGGUUUGUUAAAACAGUGGAAAUAUUUGAAAUGUAUAUGUAUGUGUUUAUUUGGCCUUUAGAGGUUUGUUUGGGUGUUUUUAUCUUUAAAGGCAGUUAAAUGUUUCUAUUUUAUUUCUUUUUCAAUGGCAUUAUAGACUUUUUAAAUGAAACAAAAUUUAGUUGAAAUAAAUUUUUUCAUCUCCAA